CCGGUCAGAUACAUGCUGUGGUAGGAUUCCACUAGGGGAUUCUAGUGCAGAAACUAUCUGCCUAACUAAUGAGUGGAUCAGAACCUGUUGAUGAUAGAGCAGACACUAGAAGAUUAACACGUGCACAAGCACUAAGGGUACCGCACGUGUUCAGGACCUUGGACGAGGAAGAAUUAAGACAACUUCACGCUGAACGCAGAGCCCGUGCUCUCGCAGCAUCGAGAGCAACAGCAAACGCCGCAACUAGGGAACAGGCUGCCGCAGCAGCUAGGGCAGCAGCCAUGACUAGCUCAACAGAAUCCUCUGCGGCUUUGUCAGGGACUAAUGAGACGAGUGUGGGAAUGCCAGCUAGUUCCACGAGUUCCUCGGGCACUUCCGGGUCUACAGGUUCUAGAGGGUCUUUUAGUCAAAUGGCAGGCUCGCAGUUCAGCCCCAUGACCGCACGAGAGCGGGAGCUCAGAGAGAUCCAAUGGGUCGAGAGGCUCCGCCAACAAUUAGAGGAGGAUCUAAAGAAAGCAACCGAUAGAGAAAAAGAGAUAAAAAGUAGAGUAGCCAGACUUGAUACGUUAGAGGCUGACAAGGCUGCGUUAGAGGGAUUGAACGAAUCAAGUUUGUCUGACCCCCUGAAAGUGUUGAGGGACAGCAUGUUGUCAUUGCAUGCGCAUGUGGACAGCAGGAUGGACUUCAUGCAAAGCACUUUGGACCAGAUCCUGGAUGCAUUGACAAAGCCAGGAUUCCGACCACCAGCACAAUCGUCGUUGCCGUUAACGGCGAUGUCAGGCCCCUUUGCCGUACAAGCUGGCACACAGCCAAGUGGUACGUCUGCAGCAGCAACACAAACUGUUGCAUCUUCUUCUUCGGGUCCAGUGGUGAUUGCUACAUCACCACAACAACCUAUUCAACAAUCUGGACAGCAGCAAGGUCAAUGGUACCCCAAGACCCCAAUGAAACCGCCUCUUGCCUUCUCAGGCGAGAGAAAGGAYGAGGAACUCRRCACAUGGUUGAGGACGGUCCCGGUUUGGGUGAAGGCCAAAAGGACCUUGCCAGAGGAUGAGGUGGUAACUGCGGCAUCUUACCUAGAGGGUAAAGCAGCCAAAUGGUUAGAUGGGGUAGUUGUGAAAGCCGGGUACGGGCGACGCAUGGCAGAUUGGACUAAGUCUUUGACUCUAGACCAAUUCAUGGAGAUGGUAGAAGCUCGAUGGCAUAACCCACAGGAGGCUCAAAGGGCCACUGAUGCCAUUAACAAACUUGACCAACGCAAGUUUAGGUUAGUUAGGGAGCUUACGACUACCGUCGAGAGCCUGAUCCUCGUCCCAGGCAUCAACUACAGUGACCAGUUCCUCUUGACCACGUUUGUUAGAUGUCUACCUGAGAACAUGAGGAACUUACUAGCCAGUGAGGCACGCACUGAGUACCACUCAUUUGAGACAUUGUCUAGGAAAGCCUUAGACUUAGAGGCCACGCUAGGCAAUGCUCAACCCACCUUAGGGAAUGACUCAAAGAAGAAGAAGAGUCCUCAGGAGUGAAAGAAGAAGGGGGCAAAGUUGAUGAUGGUUGAGUCUGAUGGGACUCAAACUGAGAUCGA